GUACAUUUAUCCUAAUGCUCCAGCAAUGGACAGUUUUCAUGACAUGAGUAUGUUUUUAUUCAUGUCUGGUACUAACUUCGUAUGUCUUGUUGUCAAUGUGUAGUAUUGUACAGCAUGUGUGUGUUUUAAAGUUGGAGUUGCAGUUGUUGUGGUUGCAGUUGCUCAUCAAGUGUGUCAGGGAUUCAUCACAUUCAACAUUAAUUCCUGACGUAUAGUUUUGAUUUUCGUUAUUGAUCAAUGUGAUGAUGAUUUUAUUGUGAGCUGCAACAAGUAGAUGAUUAAUCGACAAAUAUUUGGCCGAUAUUUUAUAAUCAUAUCAUUCUUUGUUUUUUAAACCAACAUUGGAAGUGUGUAGCUUCUGCGACGUGAGGUGUCGAUGCUUUUUUAUCCGUCAACACACGAGUCAGUAAAGUGAAUGUCUGACGAUGUCACCUCGGCCUGUGGUAAAUCAUUACGACAGUUGUUUUUACUUUUUCUUAUUUUCUAGUCAAAACAAUUCAUUGAUUCAUUAAACAAAACAAUCCGCAGAUUGAUUGCCAUGUAAAUGUUAUGUAAAAUCGAUAAUGUAAACACACUUGUGUAGCUCUAUAUCCAUUAAUGAUUCAGUCUUUGACAGAUCAGAUCAUUGCAAUUUGCUGGAGCCCGUGUUAAUGUCAUUAAAUGUCUUUUUUUUUUUUAUGAUCAACGGCCCCCAAAACCCCCCAAUUCUUUAUUUUUAAUAUUAUAAUAGUUACAAUGUACGACAAAGAAAACUAAAAAAGAACGUUGGCUGCUGAUAGGUCGACGCUAAACUGCAUCGCUGGCUUGUAUUUGGUUGAAGAAGCAGAAGGAGUAUGAAGAGUUGGAAGAGUGGGAUAAUGGGCAGUUGAUGUGUAUUUACUAGAACAAUCGCGAAAAACUUUGAAUAUUUCGGAAAGUUAUGAAAGAGUCUAACACAAGCUGGAACGUCCCAACUGAGCGGAACGUUUUGAUGGUUGAAAUAAGUUUCUAAGUUGAAAGAUGUGGACGGAGAAGAGGAACAAAAAAAACAGGUGUCCCGACGCCGGAGCUCCGCAGACGGACGACAAUGAAGAGAAGCAGACACCCGAGCAGCAGCGACGACUCCGAUAAUGGAAGUAACUCGACCUGCUGGUCGCAGCAUUCAUCACAGCCGAGGAGAGGCACCGGGCAGAAACCCUCCGAGGUUUUCAGGACGGACCUGAUCACGGCCAUGAAGGUGCACGACUCGUACCAGCUGAACCUAGAGGACUACUACGUCCUGGCCGACCCGUGGAGGCAGGAGUGGGAGAAGGGCGUCCAGGUCCCCGUCAGCCCCCAGUCCAUCCCGCAGCCGGUCGCCAGGGCGUUGGCGGAGAAAGGGAAGGAGGUCAUGUUCGUCAAGCCAAAGAAGUUGAUCCGCACGUCGGGCGCCGAGGCGCUGGGCUACGUCGACAUCCGGACGCUGGCAGACGGGAUGUGUCGCUACGACCUGAGCGAGGACGACGUCGCCUGGCUGCAGAUCAUCAACGAGGAGUUUGCCGAGAUGGCCGUGCCGCCGCUCGACGAGAUCACCAUGGAGCGGGCGAUGGAGGAGUUCGAGCGGCGCUGCCACGAGAACAUGACGCACGCCACGGAGACGGAGGAGGGCCUGGGCAUCGAGUACGACGAGGACGUGGUGUGCGACGUGUGCCGCUCGCCCGACGGCGAGGACAACAACGAGAUGGUGUUCUGUGACAAGUGCAACAUCUGCGUCCACCAGGCGUGCUACGGAAUCCAGAAGGUGCCGAAGGGCAGCUGGCUGUGUCGGAUCUGCGCCCUCGGCAUCCUGCCCAAGUGUCAGCUGUGUCCCAGGAAGGGCGGAGCCAUGAAGCCGACCCGGAGCGGAACCAAGUGGGUCCACGUCAGCUGUGCCCUGUGGAUCCCAGAGGUGAGCAUCGGGAAUCCGGAGAAGAUGGAGCCGAUCACCAACGUGUCGCACAUCCCCGGCAACAGAUGGGCUCUGAUCUGCUGCCUGUGCAAAGAGAAGAGCGGAGCGUGUAUACAGUGCUCAGCGAAGAACUGCCGGACCGCCUUCCACGUGACGUGCGGCCUCCACGCCGGCCUGGAGAUGAACACCAUCCUCACCGAGGACGACGAGGUCAAGUUCAAGUCCUACUGCCCCAAACACUCGGGGCUGGAGGGCGUCGAGUCCCGGGACGGAGACUCGGCGGGCGAGGAGGAGAAGGAGGGCGCCGGGGACAAGAAGGGCCGACGGAGAGGCCGGGUGAGAGCGGAGGAAGACGCCGCCUCCUCCUCUUCGUCGUCCUACGUGGCCCCUCAGCUCGUGGUCAGAUCGGCGGCGACGACCGCCCGCCAUCCAGACGACGUCGGCAGCAGCCGCCAGCAGCAGCAGGAGAAGAGGGUGAACCUCCGCAAGCUGAAGCUGCAGGAGAUGGAGGAGGAGUUCUACCAGUUCGUGGAGGCGGAGGAAGUCGCCCGCCACCUGAAGCUGCCGCCCGAGGCCGCCGACUUCCUCUACCAGUACUGGAAGCUGAAGCGCAAGGCCAACUUCAACCAGCCGCUGAUCACGCCCAAGAAGGACGAGGAGGAGAGUCUGGCCCGCCGCGAGCACGAGGUGCUGCUGCGACGCCUGCAGCUCUUCACGCACCUGCGGCAGGACCUGGAGCGGGUCCGUAACCUGACCUACAUGGUGACGCGGCGGGAGAAGAUGAAGCGCUCGCUGUGGCGAGUCCAGGAGCAGAUCCUCCAGCAGCAGGUGAAGCUGCUCGACCACGAGCUGCUCACGGGAGAUCCGUCGGCGGAGGAUCUGGAGGAGCUCUUCUCUCUGGGCACGUUGUCGUCUGCGGCCUCGCGGCCUCACUCCUCCUGGAGCCACUCGGGACUGAACACCAGACGAGCGUCCUCGAAGCAGGAAAAAAGGAAAGGCGACGGCGGCAGAAGAGGCCUCGCCGACUCGCCGCAAACUCUCAAGAAGGAGAAUCUGACGAAGGAAAGUAAAAGCUCCAGAGUCAAGGAGGCAGCGGGCGACGGCGAACUCCAGAACUCUGAGAUCGGUCUGGAAGUUUACUUCCCAAAGGCGGAGCAGGAGGCGAUCGCCGUCAAGCCGCUCAGACUCGAGAGCAGAAAAGGUCCGAGGCGGGAGGCGGAGCACGAGGUGCCGACCAGAGGGAGGCGGGACAACCACCACGAGCAGCAGCAGCAGCAGGAGGAGAGGAGGAGGAAGAGGAAGAGCGAGGUGGCGACGGCGGCGGCGGCGGCAGAGAGUUUCUCCAGCCAGGUCCGAAACAAGUUCGGGUCGAAACAUCUGGAGAAAACCGUCUCCAUCCGGCUGGUGGACAUCAGGAGCUCCGACACCGACGACUACUUCAUCAACGAGGGAGCGGCCAGAAGAAGCCCCGCCUCCCCGGACGGGACGACCAACACUAAGUUCAACAACCACGCCGUCGCCAAAGCUAACGGCUGGCUGAGGAGAACCCACUCACCGGAGCGAUCUGUGGGUGGACACCUGAGGGGCUGGGGCAAGUUCAGGAUCCCGAAGAGGAGCGAGAAGCCGCCGCCGAAGCAGCAGCAGCAGCAGGAGGAAGAGGAGGAGCAGGAGCAGGCGGAGCAAUGCAAGCCGCUGCUGCGGCCGCUGACCAACACGCCGGAGCCGUCGUACCCCAGGACGCGACUCCGCACGGGGGCGGAGAGCGACGGCUACGCCUCCGACUCCAAACCCGGCGGCGGCGACGUGGAGCCCUGCCUGAAGCGAUGCCACUCCCACCAGCUGAGGGGCGACUCGUCGCUCGGCCGCCGCUACGGCUCCGACAUCAUCCGCCGCGGCGUGCUGGCCUCCUGAUGGCGCCGCCGCCGCCACACUCUGAAAAAAUAAUAAGCUGCACUGUGCGAGCGGAGCGGAGGGAAAAGAGAACGACAGUCGCUCCUUGUACCUUUAUUUUUCUCGACGAAUCAUGAAAAAAAUGCCUAGAUUUAAAAAAGAAAGACAGAGCUGAUAUUUAUUUUUUAUUUGUAACAUAUGUAAAACUGGGAAAUAUUUUACUUUGUACUUUGUUUGAACUAGUUUUAUGACUUUUUUUCUUUUUUCCCCUUAAAAGUAGAUGGAUGUCAAGUUGCCACAGAAACUCGCUCAGAUCUUUUACAAGCGAAUGCAUCGACCAGGACGAUCGUUGCUCGGGACCAGGAAGCUUUUUGCGAUGUUGUUUGUUUUUUGGCGUUUUAGUAUUAAAACUCGGCCACGAGUCGGUUGCACUUAAUCACAAACAAAGAAGAAAAUAAUAAUCUGAAACAGAUAAUCCUCAUCCCGUCAUCGACGCUGUAGGUUUUCUAUUUUUUUUUUUUUAUCAAACUUUCUUUUUAUCGAUAUUUAAACUCUUCUGUCGACGUCAUGAACUGAUGAGAAUCCACAAACCGACGGAAAGAAAAAUGAAUUCAGUCGUCUGACGUUUAACCCGUCAUCAGCACUUAAGUGUAAUUGAACUGCGAUUCGUACAUCGUAUCCAUCACGUGCCUAAACUUUUAUUUGAAGCGUUUGCACUACGGGAGGAAACGGCACCGGUGGGAGGAGUCAGGAGAGUUAUUUUUACACUGAAAAAAAUUUGGAGAAAAAGAAAACAGAAAGCGUUUUGUACCCUCGGCCAAAAGCUGUACGACUACUGUUAUAUGCAAAAUGAAUCUUGUUUUGUCUUAAAGAGGAAAUAAACUCUCUGGAGGACUUCA